CGGACCGGUUCGCGUGCGGUCGCACAUGAUGUUAUUAUACGUAAACGUUCACGCAUGAAUGUCUCGGAGUUAAUUAUUUUAAACAUUUUUCCACGCCACUCGUUGUAUUAUUGUUAUUAUAAUUCGGUGUCUAUUUUAUUUAUAAUAUUUUGUUCUCGUUAUUUUUGUUCGUAUUUUUCGUGUGCAUCGACUUCCGACCGGAAAUGUGAAACGCACAUAACUAAACGCGAACGGUGCGCGAUUCGGACGUCGAUGUCGUCGUCGUCAUUGUACAUAAUUUACUAAUUAUUUUACACGGCGAGUACUGAAACGGUUUAGUUUUUCUUUCUAAUUGUUUAGUUUUGACUCAAGCCAUCAAGCUGGAUUUCCAGGCUAAUUCUUCUAACAUGUUCACCAGGUUCGACGCGACCAAGUCGACCAAAGGAGCGAGCAAGCUUCGAAGGGACCUGAUCAACGCAGAAAUUGCGAAUCUUCGGGACCUAUUACCGUUACCGCCGUCCACGAGGCAACGGUUAUCGCAGUUGCAGCUCAUGGCUCUAGUGUGUGUGUAUGUUCGGAAAGCCAACUACUUUCAACAAGCAUUCAAACGUCACGAAUGUCUACACCAUCACUGCUUGCCAACGCCUAGUUACGGAUUUUCUAAGUCGCUCAGCGGAUUCUUGAUGAUGAUGACCCAAAACGGUAAACUCCUAUACAUAUCGGAUAACGCCGCCGAAUACUUGGGACACUCAAUGGAGGAUCUCCUCAUACACGGCGACAGUGUGUACGACAUGAUCGACAAACAAGAUCAUCAGGCUGUACAAACCGAAUUAUCCAGAAGUCAAACGUCUGCCGAGGAUCAAGGAUGCAAGCGCAUGUUCUUGUGCCGGAUGAACGUUUCCAGAAACGCUCGAAGGCAAAUGCGAUUCGGCGAUCAAAAAGUGGUUUUAGUACAGGGCCACUACCUCUCCUAUCUGCCGCUGUGUAGCAGAAAUGAACCAGUUUUCCUAGCCACUUGCAGCCCGGUGGCGAUGCCCGAGACCAGGGAGGCUGUGGUCCAGGGUUCCACCACAGUGUUCACAGCCAUCCAUUCGAUGGACAUGAAGUUCAUACACGUAGACAAAAUAGGAGAAUUUCAUUUGGGGUUUUCUCGUUCAGAGCUGCAGGGCGUCUCUUGGUAUCAAUUGUUGCAUUGGGAGUGCAUGCGCGAAGCUCAGAGCAAACACAGGCUGAUUACACAAUCGGAACAGGAUCGUUCUUGCAUACUGCUGGCCAGGGUACAGAAGAGGGCCACAGGGGACUGGCUUUGGAUACACUGCGUGUUACAGGUCAAAGACAACAUGGAAAACAGCCAACAGCCAGUCAUCGUCAGCACAAAUCAAGUACUUACGGACCAAGAGGCGGCCGUGAUGCGGGCCAACAGUUGGCUGUACCACUAUUACAUGGUGCAGAGCAAACUUCAGUACGGGAUGCAGUUCGAAGCGCAGACGUCGCCGCGAGUACCGUCCACCGGGCCGGCGCAGGGGCAGACGGGCGUACCGCCGCAGACGGCGGCGCCCGUGUACGCUUAUCACCACCAACAGUCGCCGCAUCAGCAGGACAGCGCUUACUCGUCGGCGGACCACCAGCACCACCAACAACACCAACAGCACCACCAGCAGCAGCCGGUGCACUUCCACCAGUUGCCGGACGGAUACUUCCGGUACGCCGCGGCUACAAUGACCACCGGUGCGGCGGCGACCACGGCCGCGGCUACAAUGACCACCGCGGUGGCAGCGAAACGGCACAGGCUGGAACCCGAACCCGUCGACUAUUCCAUACACUCGCCCGAGCAGACGCCGCCGUUGAAGAUCGAGGACGGCGGCCACUCGAUGGCGUCCGACUCGCCGCCGUCGCCGCCUUCGAUGGGCGGCGGCGACUCGGGCGGAGGGUGCGGUACCGCCGCGGUGGCCGCCCUAUCGUCCACCCUGCCGUCGGCCACGUCGCUGGGCCGUUCCCGGGCGCUGGUCAAGGCGGCCAUGGACCCCGGCGAUCUGAUGAUGGAAACUUGGAAUCCUAGUCCACCGUGGUCGGACUGCUGUUCCGGCACCGGCGCCCUGCAAAAGGUGCCCGACGUGGACAUGCUCGGCGGCGGCGGCGGUGGAAGUUACUGCGGACAGCCGACGCCCCCCACGCCCGGUAGCGGUGGCUCGUACCACACGUCGUCGGGCGCGCCCCAGCAACACCACAACCAUCACCACCACGCGGGGGGCUGCGACGAGGUGCCCACCGCGGACGCGCUACACCAACACCACCACCAUCACCACCACCACCACAAUCACCAGCCGUCCACGUUCACGUUCGACUGGCCGGGCGAACAGUACGUGCCCAACGUGCACGAGGUCCUGGUCGAGCCCACGCCGCACUACAUAGUUCCGUUUCCGCCGUGGCCGCACACCGCCGCGGCCGACCACCACAGGCUGUUCCCGCUCCAACCGCCACCGCCCGGCUCGCUGAACCGACCGUCGCUCAUCGUGCGCGUCGACCAAGACGCCGCAGCUGCCGACGCUUCCGUUCAAGACGGACGUCGUGAAAGUGACAUGUGACGAGUGGACGCGAGGAUUACGAGAAAUCAUCGUUGCAGUGGUGUUGGCCUCGCGAGAGAACGCCACCGCGAAGUGUUGUUGUUUUUCGUCUCGUCCGAACCCAUAAAAAUACGAACGUUUAACAACUCUUGGUAUAAUAUGAUAUACUAUGAGACUUUAUACCGCACAAACGAUACUCUCGAAUGCAGCCGACAAUUAUACCGGCAAUAUAAAAUUAUUAUUAUUAUCGUACAGUUCGCGUAGUUGGCGUAUUUUUAGCGGCGGCAGCGGCGGCGGACGCUUUGUGCGUAUAACUGCAUUCUGCAUUCUACGUAAAGGUGUCGCGAACAGGGUGAUUCUUUUAAUGCGAAUUCUUAGGAAAACAUUAAAAGUAAAUAUAUUUAGUACGCAAAAAACGUAAAACAGUAUAUUAUAUGAUUGUAAGCGUUUAAAAAAAAAAGAAAUUGAAAAAAAUACGUUUUUUUAAUUCUUUAAAUUUCCUUAGUUGUUGUUGCGCGUUCGCCGUAAAAGAAUCAAUAAGUAAACGAGAGAUCUAACGCACAUCGAUCUGUCCCAGUAAAUACAAUUUAGAAAAUUCUAUUAUAACUUGAAACACCCCUAUUUCAGUGCCGCUCGCGAGUGCGCGUUAAUUACGAGUCACGUGGCUCGCGUUAUUGUGAAUAAUACUUUGUAUAGACUAUUAGCGUGUGUUGUAAAAAAAAAUAAAAAAAAUAUUGAUCGUCUAUUCGAUCAUCGUAUUUUAUGUACAUAUUAUAUACUAUAAUAUAAUCCACCAAGCUGCACCUGUGAUCUCUGUUUGUAGACGAUUUUCGUAGGAAAAGCCUUACAGUGUAAUAUAUAAAUCUUAUCGUAUCAUAUAAGUCAAAUUAUAUUAUUAUUAUU